AUGCGAAUAGCUGCCGAUAAGCACACUAUUCUGAACGCUAACCUAACUACGGAGUACAAGGAAUCAGAAUAUUACAAUGAUUCGGAUAACUAUGGCUGCAGUGUGACUAACGGUGGGAGGGGUAAAGAGGGGAAAUUGAAACUGAAGGUUGCAUGGUGGCAGACAGCACCAAAACCUCGCCCCAAAGAUAGUACUGACAAGAAGGAAAAUUACACGUCGCUAAUCCUGAAGGCCAAUAAUGGAACUUCCCGGGCAGUUGCAGGUAGGAACAUCAUGGGGAUUGUUUGGGAUUGGGCGGGUGUCGGGCGAUUUCGUGGAACGGAAAUAGAUUGGUUGAAGGGAGUGACAGACGACACUCUGCAGUUGAUUGAUCGAGCUUUCCAACACCCCAUGAAUUACAGCCUCAUUCGGGAGAAAUAUUGCCGGUACUACUACGACCAUCAUCAACAAGAAGGGGUGCAAUUGAUUGGGAAGAACACUGCCGGCCUGACUAAUGAGGAUGAACUGGCGACUGCAGGUCAGGGAGUAAGAGUAAGUAGUAAUGAUACCAUUGUGCGUAAAAUUGAGGAGUUCUCUGACUUGGGAAGCAACGAUGCUUCUCCCCAACAACCACUAGUGUUAGUGGAAAGGAAGGUGCCUGAGGGCCGCCCAGACCGCCGGACGGAAAGUCCACGUCGGGCACCCCAGAAUAGUCUAGCGCCAUACGGAACUGGUACGGCUGGCCAGCUUCAAGGCAUCUUCAGGCAGAUCUGGGCUGAUCCAGGCAUCUUCAGGCAGGAACCUGCCCCCUUCGGCAUAGGCCCGCCACCGCCCUCGCUGCCUGCCCUUUUUCUCUCACCUUCUCCUUUCCCCCCCCCCCCGUCGACUUCAUCCUUCCUCUCAAGGUAA